UCUGAUCGGACGGAUUUUACGGGAGCACUCCGGUUGUUAUGGCGUGUGUGGCGUGACCAACUGAUGACCGGGGCCAUGGGCAAGAAAAAGAACAGCAGCGGCGGUGGUCUGGGACGGGCCAUCAUCCGGGACAAGAACCAGUUAGCCAGAAACCCGAGGAAGGCGAACGACUGGCUUCACACUAGUGAACUGAAUGAUGGGUAUAACUGGGGACGGCUCAACUUGCAGUCUGUAACAGAACAAAGCACUCUCGAUGAAUUCCUGGCCACUGCAGAUCUGGCAGGCACAGAGUUUGUGGCAGAGAAGCUUAACGUCAAGAUUAUUUCUGCGGAAGACAGAACUGGUUUGUUAACAGCUGAAGAAAACAAGAAGAUCAAGAAACUCCAAGAAGAGAACAAGCAGUUUCUGUGCAUACCCAGGAGACCUCAUUGGGAUGAGAAUACAGCAGCAGAAGAACUGCAGAAAGCAGAAAGGGAAAGCUUCUUAGAAUGGAGGAGACAAUUAGCUCGGCUGGAAGAGGAAAGAAACCUGAUUCUUACACCAUUUGAAAAGAAUCUGGACUUCUGGCGUCAGCUGUGGAGAGUUAUUGAAAGAAGUGACAUCAUUGUUCAGAUUGUUGAUGCUAGAAACCCACUGCUUUUCCGGUGUGAAGAUUUGGAGCGAUAUGUGAAGGAGGUCCAGAAGGAUAAAGUCAAUAUGAUACUCCUGAAUAAAGCUGAUUUGCUGACUCGUGCACAAAGGAGAAUUUGGGCCAAAUAUUUUGCUGAGGAAGGUAUCCGAGUGGUUUUCUGGUCAGCCACAGCAGAAGCAAAAAGGAUAGAUGCUGAAGCCAAGGGAGAACAAAGAGGAGAAAGAAGUGAAGAGAGUGAAAGUGAUGGUGAUCAAUUUCAAGAGGACACAAUGCCUGUACAUGAAAGUGACAGUAGUCAAUACGAAGAUUGGGAAGAUGAUGAACUUUGGGAAACAUGUUCAGAAGAUGAGAAGGAAAAUUUCAACCAACCUGAUACUGAUGGUCUGACAGACACUAAAAUAAAUCAUAUCUCUUGUGUGGACUGCACCAGUGAUAAUGGCAGGACUGCAUGUGCUUCCAGCUCCAAUUCAACACAGUUUACAAAAAGCUGUGUCAAGAACUCAAGCCGUUUGAUGCAGCGAAAUGAACUACUGGAGAUUUUUAAAACUUUACACAAAGGAAGACGUGUGAAAGAUGUUGAAAUCACAGUUGGCUUAGCGGGCUAUCCAAAUGUUGGAAAAAGUUCCACAAUAAAUACUAUCUUUCAAAAUAAGAAAGUCUCUGUUUCUGCAACUCCAGGUCACACAAAACAUUUUCAGACACUGUACGUUGAAGCUGGUUUAUGCUUAUGUGACUGUCCAGGCCUUGUGAUGCCAUCCUUCGUGUCCACUAAAGCAGAAAUGGUCUGCAGUGGGAUUUUACCCAUAGAUCAGAUGAGAGAUCAUGUCCCACCUGUAUCUCUAGUCUGCCAGCAUAUACCCAGGCAUGUUUUAGAAGCCACAUAUGGAAUCAAUAUUAUUAGACCCCGAGAGGAUGAAGAUCCAAAUAGGCAACCUACUUAUGAAGAGCUAUUAACAGCCUAUGGAUACAUGAGGGGUUUUAUGACUGCACAUGGACAACCAGACCAACCAAGGGCAGCUAGAUACAUUUUGAAAGAUUAUGUAACUGGCAAGUUGUUGUACUGUCAUCCUCCACCUGGUAUUGAUCCUGCCCAUUUCCAAAAUUAUCAUGCUAUCUUUGAAGAACACAUUGUUACGUGUGACAAAAACAGCACAGAACUCAAAGGGAAACAAAAUAAAGUAAAAAGAAUUGAAAAUGAUGUGGACAAGAACUUCUUUCAUCAGGAGAAUGUUCGAGCUUUGACAAAGGGAGCUCAAGCAGCAAUGGGAUUGAAGCUUGGCACUGAAGCAACACCAGUAAGUGGAGUGGCAGGAAAACCUUGGAAAAAACAUGGCAACAGGAAUAAGAAGGAAAAAAUAAGGAGAGUUUGCAAGCAUCUGGAUGACUGAACUUGACGUCAUCAAUUGUUGGGUAUUUGCCCUAGUUAUUUGAACAUAAUGAUGUUCAAUAAACAAUAUGAUCAUCUGUAAAUCGGACAGAUUUGCCAUUAAAUACAUGUUGAGUAAUAACGACACCAAAUUUAAUCAAUUAAUGAGCCACAAGUCAUUUAAAAUUUAUAUUUCAUCUUGUAUGUAGAAUUUAUUGUAAACAAUCUCUUCUAAAGAUAUGAGUUUGAUAAUAAAAUAUAAACUAUUAUGUACCAAUUUCCUUAGUUUACUGAUGGAGGAGAUGAAAAGAAAUUUUUUGACCUGUUAAAAUUGAUAUAGAAUUCUUUUUCCUUUCAAUACCAUCUUUAUUUUUUCUGGAAUAGUUCCAGAAAUCUCUCUACUUUGGAUACACUAUUGGAAUAGACGCACACUGGUUGUACUCGGCUAGUGGAUUAACGUACUAGAUUCUUUCUGGACAUUAUGAUACUGAAUGUCAGAUUUCAGCAAUGUUCAUUUAUCUACCCUCGAUAGAUAUUUCUUGUUUUACUCUAAAUAAGGCCUGGAUGAAAGCACAGCAUUGCUUUAGAGAAGCAGAGAUGGAACCGACUGGAGCUGUUCUUUAAGGUCACGAUGUCGAUAACAGUUAUGGUGAAAUUUCCAAUACCACCCAUCUAAAAUGUAAAUUUACAGAAGUGACAGAAGUAAAUUCAGGAGUACAGGAUAAGGUGGGAAGCAUAGAGAUGUUGCAUCUGGUGAAAGUUUACUAUAUUAUUUUAAAAUGCUUCACACUUACCAAUGUUGUUUCUGCCUCCGGCUGCUGCUCCCAGUGUACCUUUACCAGGUACAGCCUUAUAUUUUUGAAGCCAAUUUAAAACCUUAAAUAUAGGUCCAACCUUAUCCUUUUCUAUGACCAUCUUAAAGCUUACGGAUUGCGUUCAUUGUUCGCAAAGGCUUCUCCACUAAUACUUAACAGCACUUCACAGCUUGCCCAUUCUUAUUGCCUAAAAUAAUGUUAUUAAAGUUAUCACUACCGGUACUAGCUUUUCAUUAUAGAUCUAUUUAAUUAUUUAAGACAAUGAACUCUGAAGGGCUGCUGAAGGACAAUGUUAAUUGACUUGAGUUUAAAUUUAUCUACUUGCUGGGAUUCAAACUCCUGUCACUGGAUUGAUGGUCGAUUGAAAGGUCAUUUUAAUGUUAAGUUUUUUUUCUGCACCUAGUUCCAUUUUUAUUUUAAUAGUGCUAGUUUUUGCAUGCUAUUCCUGCAGCAACCAAUGAGCUACAGUAACCUCUGUGUUUGCAUAGCUCCAAUGUAUUCACUAAUACUCUUCAGUCCUAUUAAAUUCUGUGAACACCCCUUUUAGUCCAUCCAAACAAGACUGAAAGCAAAGAGGAAUCUCUUUAAAGAAUGUAGAUGAUUCUGACAGUGGUGAUUGCUGCUAUUUAGAUGGAGCUUCCUAUAACAAUGUAUAUCUCCUUUUCUCUAAAGUGACAGUGAAUCUACAGUUGUUUCUGCAUGGGUCAGUUUGACAGGUUUGAACACGUGCAUUAUACAGAUCAAGUGUGAUUUAAAAAAAAUUUUGAAAAGCUUAUUAUAUACUACAAUUCUACAAUGAUCAUUCACAUUAAUUUAUGCAACAAUUGGGUUGCAUAGUAUACUAAAAAUGCAGUUGUAAUAAGAGGUAUGAUAGGGAGUAUAGAACCUUAAGGUGUGGGGGACAUAAAGAGGAGAUGGUACUGCAAUGUUAAUGAGUCCAUUACUGCAGGUAGGUUCUUCGAAUGAGGCCAUUUUUGUGGAGCUUAGAACAAAAAGGGAACUUG